CAAGCAGAUAUUGGAGUCCUUUUCCCUCAGUGCCUCACGAAAAUCCGGUCGUCUUAUACCUCGAUAGCCAUGUCUGCAGCAGUCGCCGCAGCUGCUGCGCUGGACCCCAGCAACAGUACCAAAAAUACUCUUAAACUCGAGAACACUGAGAAAAGAGACACCCUUAUCGCGAUUGAGAAGAAGUACCAGGCGCAAUGGAAAGAAAAGAGGGUAUUCGAGGUCGAUGCGCCCUCGCUUUCCGAAAUUCCCUUCGACUCUAUGUCACCCGCUGAGGUUCGGGCCAAAUAUCCAAAAUUCUUUGGAACAAUGGCCUUUCCGUACAUGAAUGGCUCUCCGCACGCCGGACACAGUUUUACUGCAAGUAAAAUUGAGUUUAUGGCCGGAUUUGCUAGAAUGGAAGGCAAACGAUCUUUGUUUCCUCUCGGUUUCCACUGUACCGGUAUGCCAAUUAAGGCGUGCGCAGAUAAGCUUGUCGAUGAUAUCAAGAAAUUUGGCAAGUAUUUCGAGAAAUAUAACGAAGACUACGAGGAAGCGGAUGCGGCUCCGGCGGCGGCAACAGUUCAGAUUAAAGAAGAUCCUUCAAAAUUUUCGGGAAAGAAGAGCAAGGCCGCAAGCAAAACCGUGAAGUUAAAAUACCAGUUCCAGAUCAUGUUGGCUUUGGGCAUACCGCUUGAAGAGGUCCAUAAGUUCGCCGACCCUGACCACUGGCUUCAGUAUUUCCCACCACUCUGGAUCCGUGAUCUAGACAGCAUGGGAGCGAGAGUCGAUUGGCGAAGACAGUUUGUCACAACCGACAUUAAUCCAUAUUUCGACUCAUUUGUUCGGUGGCAGAUGAAUCGUCUGCAUGAAAUGGGCAAAAUUAUGUAUGGUAACCGAUACACAAUCUAUUCUCCAAAAGAUGGACAACCUUGUAUGGAUCACGAUAGAAAUGAGGGUGAAGGAGUUGGGCCGCAGGAAUAUACUGCAUUGAAAUUGAAAGUUAAAGAAUGGUCCCCAAAAGCGAAAGAGAUUCUACAAGGGAAGAUUGAAAGCGACGCAAAUGUGUACUUUGUGCCUGCUACGAUGCGUCCCGAGACAAUGUACGGUCAGACCUGCUGCUAUGUCGGACCAUCGCUCAAUUAUGGUGUCUUUAAAGUGAAAGAUAAGGAGUACUAUGUGGUGACAAAACGUGGCGCUUGGAAUAUGGCUUUCCAAGGAACCUUUUUCGAAAUGGAUCAAUUUCCGCGGGACCAGAGCGAGCUUCCUCUUGUUGCUGAAGCACCUGGGUCCACCUUUGUUGGCACAUUGGUAAACGCCCCGUUGUCCGUGCACAAGGAAGGUGUUAGAAUCUUGCCUAUGGAAACUGUCUCCGCCAGCAAAGGAACCGGUGUCGUGACUUCAGUCCCGUCAGACAGCCCUGACGAUUUUGCCACCGUUUCUGAUCUCGCCAAGAAAGCGGACUACUAUGGCAUCAAAAAGGAAUGGGCGGAAUUAGAGAUUAUUCCUAUAAUUGAGACACCAACAUAUGGAAACCUCACCGCGCCAACCUUGGUGAAGAAGUUGAAAAUUAACUCUCCAAAAGAUACCACACAGCUUACCCAAGCCAAGGAAUUGGCUUAUAACGAGGGCUUUUACAAGGGGACAAUGCUUGUGGGUGACUUCAAGGGCGAGCCUGUUCAAUCCGCGAAGGAGAAAGUCCGAAAGCAGCUCAUUGAAAGCGGUGAUGCGUUCGCAUAUGCCGACCCGAUGGGUAAAGUUGUGAGCCGAAGUGGCGACGACUGCGUGGUGGCAUACCUUGGUCAAUGGUUCAUGAAUUAUGGUCCAAAUGAUCCUCAAUGGCUUCGUGACACCCAAAAUUACGUUGCGAACAGUCUCAACACUUAUCUUCCAGAGACUCGACACGGAUUCGAAAAGAAUCUUGAGUGGCUCAAUCGCUGGGCUUGCGCGAGAACUUAUGGCCUCGGCUCUAAGCUGCCGUGGGAUCCGCAAUUCCUCGUGGAAAGUUUGAGUGAUAGUACCAUCUAUCAGGCAUAUUAUACUAUUUCCCACUUACUCCAGAAGGACAGAUAUGGCAACGAGUCUGGCUCUCUUGGGAUUAAGCCAGAACAACUAACGGACGAUGCAUGGGACUAUAUCUUCUGCCGUAGAGACUUGGACGAUAAUCUUAUCCAGAACACCGGCAUUAGCAAGGAGGCAUACUUAACCAUUCGAAGAGAGUUCGAGUAUUGGUAUCCUCUUGACGUUCGAGUUUCGGGCAAAGAUUUGAUUCAGAACCAUCUUACUUUCUGGCUUUAUGUUCACAUCGCUCUGUUCCCUGAAGAAUACUGGCCACGGUCAGUUAGAGCCAAUGGUCACUUACUCCUGAAUGGCGAAAAGAUGAGCAAGAGUACUGGAAAUUUCUUGACUUUAAGAGAUGCUGUGGAUAAGUACGGUGCGGAUGCCACCCGUAUUGCCUUUGCUGAUGCUGGUGAUGGCAUUGAAGAUGCAAAUUUCGAGGAGUCUGUUGCCAACAGUAACAUUCUGCGGCUACACACACUCAAAGAAUGGGUCGAAGACAUCAUUAAAGAUAAUAGUUUGCGUACAGGGCCAGCCGAUGCUUUCGUUGAUAAACUGUUUAACAACGAGAUGAAUGUGUUGGUUCACGACGCGAGGAAGCAUUAUUCCGAUACAAAUUUCAAACUGGCUCUCAAAUCUGCUCUUUAUGAAUUCACUAGCGCUAGAGACUUCUACCGCGAACAAGCUUCAGCAGCCGGCAUUGGAAUGCAUCGCGACGUUAUUCUUCGAUACAUUGAGCUCCAGGCGCUCCUGUUAACUCCUAUUGCCCCUCACUGGGCAGAAUAUGUCUGGCUUGAAGUGCUUAAGAAGCCUGAAACCAUUCAAUACGCUCUUUUCCCUGAAGCCCCAGAGCCAGUGCCCGCUCUUUCAGCAGCUAUCGAUUACAUUCGCUCAACAUCCUCCAGUAUCACAUCUUCUGAAGCAGCAUAUGUCAAGAAGAUUUCUAAAGGCAAAGCCGUCACAUUUGACCCCCGGAAACCCAAGAAGAUUACUAUCUUCGUUGCGCAGAAAUUCCCAACGUGGCAAGAAAAGUACAUUGAUCUUGUCCGCGAAGCUUUCGAUGCAGUAAGCAUUUCGAUUAACGACAAGGAACUUAAUGCCAAGGUUGGCAAGUUAGGUGAAAUGAAGAAAGCUAUGCCUUUUGUCCAAGGACUGAAGAGACGCCUAAUUCAAGGCAAAGAGAGCCCUGAAACGGUGUUUAACCGCCAGCUUGCCUUUGAUGAAGCCGAAGUUUUGCGAGACAUGGUUGGGGUUGUGAGGAAGACCACCGGAUGUAAGGUCGUGGAGGUUAUUUCAGUCGAAGAAGGUGGAAAGGUCGGCACUACACUUAAUGGAGAGCAGCGCGAAAACCUACCGCCUGUUGCUGAGAGCGCGGUUCCUGGCCAACCAAGCUUCCAUUUUGAAAAUAUUAACGACGCAGAUGCAGCUUAA